AUGCCCAUCGGUCUUUUGCGCGUUCAAUUCGAGCUGCCAGCAUCGAUGAACGAAGAAGAGUUUCUGCUCUGGCGCAGACAAGCCUUUUCCAAGCUGGUGGGGGUAUACAAAGUCGACCAUCUCACAGCGACUGACGAAGUCAAGGAGAGUAACACCUAUCGCUACGAGAAUAGCUAUCAUGUCGAGGACACGAGUAUAAUCACCAAUAACCUAAUCCAAUCUCUUCUCUCUUCUGAGGCGUGUAAUCUUGACCUACGAAAAAUCGACUUCCAGCUGUACGAGCGCAUUGCAUUCGAUGCACGAGAUGAUAUUGAGCCCCGCGACCGCCCACCAGGAACAGUCGUGGUCACCGUGGGUAUGUCACCCAUUGAGACUGAAGAGAUCAUCAAAGACUUUUACGACUGGUAUCGCGAGGAACAUAUGCCUAUUCUACGUGAUGUACCUGGUUGGCGCACCGGAAGUCGCUACAAAAGGGUGGCUACGUUUGGAACUAAUACUGAAUUUGCCGCUCCGUAUGUCGCCAUUCAUCAGUAUAAUCCGGAGAAUGGGCUUGGCGGCGAACAAUGGUCCAAGUCGAUCAAAUCGCAGUGGACCCAAAAAGUAUUGUCUCGACUCGCGGCGCCGAAUCAUCGACGGGUUUGGAAGGUAGACGUGUAA